AUGGAGACAAAUUCAAAAGACCACGGAAAAAAAGAGCCAGAGCUUACAAAAGAGAUCUCCAAAAUGCACAUUUCAAAACAGGAGCACAGUGAGAGCAGCAGUGACAGCGAGAGCGACAGCGGAUCAGAUUUUGUGCCAGUGGGAUUCGACUACGACGGCUUCAACACAAUGGCAGCAGGAAUUAUCCAUCUGGAGAAGCCAGAGAGCCACACGAAAAAAGAAGAGAAUGUGCUUUCGUACGACAUGCUCCUGGCGCGGAUUGAGAAGCAUCUGAAGCCAUCGGACAACGAGGUGGAAAGCAAAAUAAAAAUACCCAUCUCCAUAAGAAGAGACGGAGCCACAAAAACAUCGCUGAACAUAACGGAAAUAUGUAGGAAAAUAUGCAGAGAAGUGUCGCAUCUUAGACAGUUCAUAGAGGUAGAGCUGUCAGUCAACUGCUCCAUAGACGGGGAAGAGCGCCUGGUCAUCAAAGGAGUGUUCCCAGAGGCGCAGCUUCAGAAGAUCGUCAGAAACUACAUCAGACAGUAUGUUUCCUGCGGAGUGUGCGGAUCGCUCGAAACUGUGCUGGAGAGAGAGGACAAGCUGCUGUUCAAGAAGUGCCAGGCAUGCAAUGCCUCGCAGUCGGUAAAUGCGAUCCAGCAGGGAUACAAGGCGCUUACAACAAAGAGAUCUGUCCUCCGAAGAAAGACUGCAGAGUAG